AAUAGGGGUGUGGCGUGAUUGCGAGUGACGUUUUAGGAAGUCAAACAUGGCGACCGGACAGCAAUGGGUGUUGGUGGAAAUGGUCCAGGCGUUUUAUGAGGCUCCUGCUUACCACCUUAUUUUGGAGGGAAUCCUCAUAUUGUGGAUAAUUAGGCUUCUAUUCUCUAAGACCUACAAACUUCAUGAGACGUAUAAACUGACAGAGAAGGAAAAGGAGGAACUGAUUGAGGAAUGGCAGCCAGAGGCGCUAGUUCCUCCCGUUUCCAAAGACUAUCCCACCCUCAACUAUGAUGUUGUCACAGGACCUCCCAGCCACAAAAUCACAAUCAAUGGAAAAGACUGCAUAAACUUUGCAUCGUUCAACUUCCUGGGUCUCCUUGAUAAUGAGCGGGUUAAGCAAAAGGCUUUGGCAUCACUGAAGAAAUAUGGUGUGGGCACUUGUGGUCCAAGAGGCUUCUAUGGGACCUUUGAUGUUCACCUGGAGCUGGAAAGUCGUCUCUCCAAAUUCAUGAAAACUGAAGAGGCCAUUCUUUAUUCAUAUGGCUUUGCCACUAUUGCUAGUGCAAUACCUGCCUACUCCAAGAGGGGUGACAUCAUCUUUGUAGAUGAAGCAGCCUGUUUCGCUAUACAAAAAGGUCUUCAGGCAUCCCGCAGCUUAAUCAAGUACUUCAAACACAAUGACAUGGAGGACUUGGAGAGGUUGCUUAAGGAGCAGGAGCUAGAGGACCUGAAGAAUCCUCGCAAAGCUCGAGUGACCCGGAAGUUCAUUGUAGUGGAGGGGCUCUACAUCAACACUGCAGAUAUCUGUCCUCUGCCUGAACUGGUAAAACUCAAGUACAAAUACAAGGUGCGGAUCUUUCUUGAGGAGAGCAUGUCAUUUGGUGUUUUGGGAGACCAUGGCCGAGGAGUCACAGAACACUUUGGGGUCAAUAUAGAUGACAUUGACCUGAUAAGUGCUAACAUGGAAAAUGCUCUGGCUUCCAUCGGAGGUUUCUGCUGCGGCCGCUCCUUUGUCAUCGACCACCAGCGUCUCUCAGGUCAAGGCUACUGUUUCUCUGCCUCUCUGCCUCCCAUGCUGGCUGCUGCUGCUAUCGAGGCUCUCAACAUCUUGGAGGAGGACCCAGAUGUUUUUCGAGUCCUCAGAGAAAAGUGCAAACAUGUCUACAACGCUUUACAAGGAACGCCAGGUCUAAAGUUAGCUGGAGUUCCAGUGGCCCCAGCUCUUCACUUGGAGCUAGAGAGAAGUUCUGGUUCCAGGGAAUCUGACAUGAAGCAGCUCCGUUCAGUUGUCGAUUAUUGUAUGGAAAGACACGUGGCUCUGACCCUAGCUCGGUGUCUGGAAAAAGAGGAGCGCUUUCUUCCACCUCCCAGUAUCAGAGUGGUGGUCACCAUUGAACAAACAGAGGAAGACAUCCAGAAGGCUGUGGCUUGUAUCAGAGAGGCAGCUUCAGCACUCCUCAUAAGUUAGCAGACAUCACUGGAGCUUUAACAGAAGUCUACACCACUGGUUGGGUAAAACAACAGCUUGAUCCGCAAGAUGCGGACCGACUCGUCAGAUCUCUACUAAUGAAUGAAUGUUAAUGAUUAAUUUUCUUCCUUAUUAAUAUUGUGUCAUAUGUUCUACAUGUUGAAAGUUAGUGUGGGCCUUUCUGCUCUGAGUAAAAAUGCCCCCCAAACACUAUUAGAGAACAUUUUCAGUUAGAACUAAAGUUGAUUUCCACAAAACAAAUGACUUGUUGCCUUUCUAUUUAAUGACCAAAAAAGCCUGUUGUACUUUUUGAUUGAUUUGUGUCUGCAGUCUACUCCUACUUGAACUGUGCACAGUUGUUCCACUUUUGUAACAAAUAAAUACAGAUUUUUACACCUUG